UUACGACUCAAGGGCCCUGGCAACACUGGUCGCAAACGACCGUACCCGUUUGCGUAAGCCGGCUGCGCGCUACUUGCUCGACCGGCGAUUGAAGUUACAACUAGUUUCUCCAAAGUUCAAACGCAUCGGACGUGGAUUUCGUGAUACCUGAGAGUGUUAUUAAAAUCUAACGGAUAAAGUGCAAUUGAUUGAAUAAAAACAGUUCUUUGCUGUGCAUAAUCUUUGUGGACCAAAUUAUUUUAACUGUUGUAACUGUUGUCAGUUCAGCAUUUAUUAAGAAUUUGCAAGUUUAUGUGAAUUAUGAUGUCAACACAAAUAUCAAUAUAGUUUUAUUGGCAAGAGGACAGACAACCGACACCAUGAAGGAAAUUGUAAAUAAGAAUCUUAUCACGCUCAAAUGCGUGCUCUUCUGUUUUCUGUCAGGUAUAGGGUGCAUAUUCCCGUUCCUGUCACUUCACAUGUUAUCAGUGGGACUUGAUAAAGGAGAAGCCCGACUUAUAACGAUUAUAUCGCCUUGCAUCGCUUUACUUGGUCCGGCUGUGUUAGGACCUCUUAUUGAUAAAUUGUCAGUUGGCAGAGGGUCGACGGGCGGAAGUGCAGGGCCCAGUGGGUCCGGACGACUGUUACGCAUGGUCACCGCACUUUGUUUUAUACUAAGUGCUGUUUUUUACACUUUGUUAUUAGCUGUGCCAUACACUGAAAGACAUGAGGCUCGUCGACCUCAAGUGCUGUUCAUGUGUACUGAAGACAGUGCCUAUGUAAUGCAAGAAGUAUGCAAAGAGAAUAUGCGAUGUAAUAGGUGGACUGGCGAGAAGACAGGCGUCCUUGCCGUGGGGUCGUGCGAGUACGGCUGUGCUGAUCCGAACAUGACAUGGGUGCGACAGUCUUUCACAACCACAUCCACCACCACAACACUUAGUCCCAUGUAUAACACGGUUAGCAAUGAUACGACUGAACCUGAAGAGGACAAUGCAGAAGAGGACGAGAACCGCGAAAUACAUGAUGUUCGUAAAAUAGUGUUGGAGCAAAACCCACCGCAUCUAUGUUACAAUGGGCAGUGCAACGUGUACCUUCAGUACAUGGAGCGUCUGCGGAUUCCAUUAUCGCUAACCGCCCCGGAGCCGCCCACCGACAACGUCACCGCCGAUUCCAAUUGGUGCACUUACAGGACCGCCGGUCCCUCGAAAUGUUUGGUGCCCCCCGAAAGGUUGGCUGAUAUCAUGAAAGACGACGAAGAAUGCACGCCAGCAGUGCGGUGUCAAGUAUUAGACCCUUACGACGAGCCGGAUGGUGUUCUCGCUGAUGCCGAGUGCAGACUUGUUAUUGGCGAUCCUGCAGCUACUUUCUGGACUUAUCUUUUUAUAAGGAUACUUGCUGAUAUAUGGCCGACAGCUGGGCUUGCUUUGUUGGGUGCGGCGUGUGUGAUAGCCACUAGGGAGACGUCUUUGGGCCGAGGUGAUGUUGGCAGACAAUUGGCCUUUGGAACUCUAGGCCUAGCAAUCUUCCCUCCUCUUGCUGGACUCGCUAUAGACCAAAUGCCCGAGAACCCGUACCUUGUGCCCUUCGUAAUGCACGCAGUGUUCAUGCUGAUCGGAGCUCUCAUCUUAUUGUUAGAUAGUCACAUGCCAUUGUCGACGCCUGAAUGGUGGUGGCACACAGCCACCGGCGUCCUCGCGAUGCCCAUGAACGUCGUGCGACGGUAUGGCGCAGAGACGACUGCUGUGUUCGUGAUAGUCACUGUGCUGGGCAUCUUGUGGAGCGGCAUUGACGCUUAUUUACCUUGGACGCUGAUGGAGCUGAACGGCACGGCGCCGGCGACGGCGGUGGGGCUGACGCUGCCGGCCGGCGCGCUGCCCGCCGUGCCCGCGCUGUGCUGGGCCGAGGCGCUCGUCGACUACAUCGGACACUCCAACGUCUUCAUCACCGCCUUCAUCUUCUACGGCGUACGAUACACAGGUCUAGCUUACACAACUGACUACUCGUGGGUGCUAGUGUGCGAAAUCCUGGAAGUGUUUACAUUAAGCUUGGUAUGGGUGACUGCCAUGCUUUACUUCCGGCACUUGGUGCCUCGCAAGUACACAGCCACUGGACAAGCGCUGCCCGUCAUCGCGCAUUUCUGCAUCGGGCCAUGCAUCGGAGCUAUCGUAAGCGGCAUGACACCAUUGGAGCGAACGUCGACUCGGCUGGACUACCUUUCACUGGGUAUUUGUGCGUUGAUACUGGCCGCCGUGUACUUCGCGGUGUAUUAUUCGCUCCGUCCACGUUUCGCCGCGCCCGCUGUCUCACCACCUCAGCACCUUCUACAAGGUCUCAAUGCAAACGGAACGUCCAACGGAACAUAUUCUCCGAUGCGAGUGUACCACGAGGAACGAUCGAGAAAAGGACAAUUCCGUUAUUAAUCUUCUCUUUUAUAUCUUGUCACAUCAUAGAUUCUAUUUGCUUUUUAUCAAAUUUUAUAUCUUUUCCGUUACUGACUGGUCUGAUAUUCUGAUAACUCAUCAGAAACUUAAAUGUACCUAAAGAAAAAUCCUAAUGCAGCUACUUUUAGAUGAGCUUAGAGGAAUUUUAUACAAAUAUGCCAUGUAAUGAAUAUGUAGGAAUCGACACAUAUCUUGAGCGCUGGUGUAGAAUGAUGUAAAUGAACACUAUAAAUUGAGACUUCGGUUACUGAUGAGUGAAGGAAGUGCGCUAGGUCUGGUAAAGUUUCAUAAUGUGAUGCGGUUCUAUGUGUCACACUAUUGUAAAGUUGUAUAUGCAAUUGGCUUUAGAAGGUCGUAACUGUCUAUACAUCCAAA